AUGGCAUCACCGACUAAAUGGAAUGUUGAUGAUAAAUUUACUUUCCUGAGCGUAAGUUCAGACGGACUUGAGGUUACUUAUGUAGAUAUAUUUAUUCCUGAAAAUAAGCCACCUCCCUUUUUUGGUCAAAAUUUAUAA